UGUGUAAAAACCUCCUUCACAUAUAACCGUUGUUUAACUAACUCAUCUACUUUCUCCCUCUCAGCUCAGCUAACACUCUUCACACACUCACUCUGUGAAACCCUAACACGCCCUUUUCUUCUUCCCUCUCCCUCCUCCAAACCCUAACUCCUACAAAUGCUGAUACAACCCAUAAACCCCAUCAAACCCACCACCAACAUCUCUCUCUCAUCCAAAUACUCUACCCCAAACACUUUUCCAACCCUUCCCUCCAAACCUAAAACCCUCAAGUUCAAAGUCCUCUGCUGCUCACCCUCCCCAACCCCAAACCCACCAUCAUCAUCAUCUUCAUCUUCCUCUCCAAUACAAUCCGUAAUCUCAAUAUUCCAGAUCAUACCCGACUGGGCAGACAGCAUAAAAGAGCGUGGCUUCAGACAAAACAGAACCCUUUACGACCAUGAGAAAUGGGUUCAUCACAGAAGCUCUUACCGCCAUCUCCGGCACUUUCUUACAAGCCUUUCGUCAAGGGUAAUCUUGUCUUUGAUACCACCAGUCAUUGCUUUUACUUUAGUGGCAGUGGUGAUUGCGAGCUACAAUUCAGCGGUUUCAUUGAAUUGGCUUCCGGGGUUUUUUCCGGUGUUGAGGUCCUCAUCUUUGCCGUACCAGCUGACAGCACCGGCAUUGGCGCUGUUGUUGGUGUUCAGGACAGAGGCUUCUUAUUCAAGGUUCGAAGAAGGGAGGAAGGCUUGGACUACGGUGAUUGCAGGGGCUAAUGAUUUUGCAAGGCAUAUCAUUUCCGGAGUUGAAAAUUCAAGUGAUGCACAGCUGAAGAAGGCGCUUCUGCAGUAUAUUGUGGCCUUUCCUGUUGCGCUGAAGUGUCAUGUCGUUUAUGGCUCAGAUAUCAGACAGGACCUCCAAAAUUUGCUUGAAUUAGAUGAUCUGCUAGUUGUUUUGAAUUCAAAACAUCGACCCAGCUGCAUUAUUGAGUUCAUCUCCCAGAGCCUUCGAUUGCUAAAUUUGGAAGACUCAAGGAGAAUUAUGUUGCAAUCAAAGAUCUCUUGUUUCCAUGAAGGGAUUGGCGUAUGUGAACAACUAAUUGGUACUCCCAUCCCCCUCUCAUAUACCCGCUUGACUUCAAGGUUUCUAGUCCUCUGGCAUCUCACUCUCCCUAUCAUACUUUGGGAUGACUGCCACUGGAUUGUGGUUCCUGCUACUUUUAUUAGUGCUGCUUCUCUGUUCUGCAUUGAAGAAGUGGGUGUUCUUAUUGAGGAGCCAUUUCCAAUGCUUGCCCUUGAUGACCUUUGUAAUUCAGUUCAAACCAAUGUAAGAGAGGCUCUUGCUAGAGAAAAACUAAUUCAAGCUCGGCUUGCUGCAAAAGGAAAGAUCCAGCCUGAGCAGCAGUUUCAAAAUGGUCAGCCUAAGUCUUAGUUGGAUGAGAUACUCAGUCAGGAUCAUCUCCACACUCUUAUACAGCCGCCUAUACGUAAACCCACGAGUCUGCAGACCUAUAAGUUUCUUGCACUUUCUGAAAUCUAAAUGAUGCAUUACAAUAGCCCCAGGGUUGAGAUUUGUAAAUAUAAAAGUGUAGAGGAUUAUGUUUCAUCGAUGUAUAUGUCACCGUGUCAUACUUUUGGCUCUUCUGAGUUUUGUUUUUAAAUAGAUAGUUGGCUUUGAGUGCAAAA